CACUCAAGUCACCUCACAAGCAUUCAUAUUUCCUACAUUUUUCUCUCCUUUUCAACUAGCAUAUAGUACUGAGUUCUUUUUCAAGCAAUGAAUUCAGUUGACAGCUUGGCAGCAGGCAAGCCAGUGGUGAUCUUCAGCAAGAGCUCUUGCUGUAUGUCCCACACUAUUAAGACGCUCAUUAGCAGCUUUGGAGCUAACCCAGUGGUUUAUGAGCUGGAUGAACUUCCUAAUGGACAACAACUAGAACGGGCACUGACGGCAUCAGGGCAAAUGCCAAACAUACCAGCUGUAUACAUAGGGGAAGAAUUGGUUGGAGGAGCAAAUGAGAUCAUGGCCCUCCACCUCAAGGGAAAGCUAGUCCCAUUGCUCAAGAAGGCAAAAGCGAUAUGGGUAUAGCCUACUCUACAGCAUCAGGUUGAUACGAAAGUAAAGAGAGAGUUUCUGAAUAAGUUGUAUUUUUAGAAAAGAGAAUACACAACCCUAUUAAUACAUGCUAGAACACUUCUAAUAAGGAAACAAGCUUCCAUAUGACUACCUACUCAAAUCCCUAUAAAUCUCCAGGCUGCCUAAUAUAUAUAGGUUUCAUAUUACUUGUACAUUCCACAACAUGAACAUAAUGAAGCUCUGAAUGACCAUUAGUGGUAAUUUGCCUUUAGUAGUUCAAUAAGAAGGGCAUAUUACCAGAACUUGUCAUUGAGCAUAUUUUUUGUAACAAAAUCAAUGACUAUGGACUAUUUGAGUUCUCUAA